ACGGUGUGGCGCAGACUGCGCCAACGGACCGAAAAGAGACCAGUGUCAUAACCCAUGACCUUGCCAUGGCAACAGACGCUCAAGCUCAAUCUGCAGCAGGAUGCAUAUAUGUAUCUAGCUUCGUUGCAUGCACUGCAUGCAUUGCUUGCGCUUCAGUUUGCACUCUGUCAUACUCACGAAUGAUUUAUAGCUUUGUUUUUGAUAAGGAACCAUGGCUGGCCGCUCGGAACUGAAACCUGAAAAUGUGAGCAUUCCUGAAUUCUCCAAGCUCCAUCCUGUAAUCCCUCGGAGAUAUGUCCCAGAAUGGAAAAAUGACAUGAGAAAUAGAGAACUAAUCAUGAAGUUCUUUUACAAGAUUGUGAACUGUGAUGUAAGUGGAAUAAUUCCUAAGGGUCCACAUGACGAAAGCCUGUUCUUGGACAAGAGGGAGAGAAUGAAUGAAGUUGAGCCUCGUAAGCGCUGCGAAUCCAAACGACCAGUACUGGAGCGGUAUCAUGCCCUGAGACCUGAAUUCCAUACAUCACAAUCUAAAUAUCAAAGUAGCUUAAUGUUUAGAAGGGAUGAUUUCACAGAGACACAGUAAUGAAAAC